AUGUUUCGCCUUGCGUGCAAGUCGUUGGCGCGGCGCACUGCCGUAGCACUCUCUAGCGCGACUGCCGCCUGCGCUGCACCGCCGAACCCGGUUACCCACCUCACCGAUGAUGAGAAGAUGCUCGUGGAGACGGUACGUUCUUUUAGCCUGACGCACGUGGUCCCGAAGUCUCGCAAGAUGGACGAGGAGGGCCAGAUGGACCCUGCCGUGCUUAAGGAGGCCUUUGCCGCUGGUCUCAUGGGCAUUGAGACCCCCGCUGACCUUGACGGUGGCGGUAUGAGCUUCUUCUGCAGCAUUCUUGCCAUCGAGGAGCUGGCGCGACACGACCCUGCCCUGUCGGUCACGGUGGACGUGCAGAACACACUGGUGAACAACAUCUUCUUCAACUUCGCGAGCGAUGCGCAGCGCAGGAAGUACCUGCCGAAGCUCGCCACAGACACGGUAGGGUGCUUCUGCCUCACCGAGGCGAGCAGCGGCAGCGAUGCCUUUGCACUGAAAACGAGGGCAACGAAGAAGGGUUCAAAAUGGAUCAUCAACGGCUCGAAACUGUUCAUCACGAACGGCGGGUGGGCAGGUAUCUACCUUGUCAUGGCAACGGUUGACUCGUCGAAGGGAUACAAGGGAAUCACGUGCUUCGUAGUGGAUUCGUCUGAAACACCAGGAGUCUCGGUGGUGCGGACGGAGGACAAGCUAGGUAUUCGUGCUAGCUCGACAGCCGAGCUUCGAUUUGAAAACGUCGAGGUGCCCGAGGAGAAUGUCGUUGGAGAGGUCGGUAAGGGUUACAAGAUUGCUAUCAACAUCCUCAAUGAGGGACGUAUCGGCAUUGGCGCGCAGAUGCUAGGAAUUGCACAAGGUUCGCUGGACAUCGUUAUGCCUUACCUCUUCCAGCGCAAGCAGUUUGGGAAGGCCAUCGGCGAUUUUCAAGGUAUGCAGAUGCAGUACGCCGAGUGCGCAAUGGAGUUACAUGCUGCUCGGCUCAUGGUCUACAAUGCUUGCCGCAAGAAGCAGAAUAAUGAAACAUUCAUCCAGGACGCGGCGAUGGCUAAGUACUUCGCCUCCGUGGUGGCGGAGAAGACGGCCAGCCGCGCGGUGGAAUGGGCGGGUGGCAUCGGUUUCAUGAAGGACUUUGGUCUGGAGCGCUUCUACCGUGACGCCAAGAUCGGUGCCAUCUACGAGGGCACCUCCAUCAUUCAGCUGCAGACGAUUGCCAAAAUGAUCAAAGCGCAGUACGACAACUCCUCAUCCCCCUCUGGGGUGUCACACUGA